AGGCCUGGUCAGGAGAUCUGACUGGGGGAGUCUCUUCUUUUCUUAACAUCAUUUUUGCAAUCCGGAUUUAAAAAGGAGUGGAAGAGAGGUGGCUUUUGCUUGCAUCUUGGCAGAGGUUGGCUCACCCACCAGGCUCUCCUUUUGGGGCUGGAUCUGGAUGCUGGAUCGUGGGAUGUGGAGCAAGAGCCAUCGGUAGCUCCAAAGGAGGCAGGAGGUUAUGGUCCUCAAAGCCGUAUCUCUGUUGGGAGGAAGCGAGGCAAAGCUGCGGAGGGACCUUGGAGGAGAGAAGAAUUAACCAAGAUCGGGAUCGUCCUUUUCUCUUGCCAUGAUGUUUCGUUUGGUGGCUCUCCUCCUCCUCUUUGUCGUUUUUCGGUUAUUCCUGGACUUGCCUUGGAUUCAGGUGAUCCCAGCCGUCUUAAUAUUCUACUUGGGAUCCGGAGGCUGGAAAUUCCUUCAUAUCUUUGUCAAGACUGUCAAGAGGGAUGUCACGGCUGGACUUUCUGUUGGAUUCACCUGGCUGAAAAUCUGGUGGUAUAUACGGAACAAAUACACAAUCCCUCAGCUCUUCCAGCAGACGGCAAAGAAACAUCCGGAGAAAGUGGCCCUCAUCUUCCAAGGGACGGACGAGACCUGGACCUUUCAGGACUUGGACAAUUACUCCAACAAGGUGGCUAAUUUCUUGUAUGAAAGGGGUUUCCGCUCUGGAGAUGUGCUUGCGCUCUUUAUGGAAUCCCGAAACCAGUACGUUGGUCUCUGGCUCGGCAUGGCGAAGAUCGGCGUGGAGGCGGCGCUGCUGAACUCCAACGUACGGCAGGACUCUUUGCUGCACUGCGUCAACGUCUCAAAGGCAAAAGCCAUCCUGUUUGGAAGCGAAUUGGCAGAAGCUUUGCAGGAGGUGCAGCCUUCACUUGGGAAAUCCAUCCAUCUCUUCUGUUUGGGAGACUUGAAAACAGAAAAUGGUCCCUCUGGUUCAGAACAUUUGGAUCCAUUGAUUGAAAAAGCAUCUUCUCACGCACCCAUUCCUCCAGACAAGGGAUUCCUAGAUAAAUUGUUCUACGUAUACACCUCCGGCACAACGGGAUUGCCCAAGGCAGCGAUCAUUGUCCAUUGUAGGUAUUACCGUAUGGCGUCUCUGGUGUAUAAUGGAUUCCGGAUGAGGCCUGACGAUAUAGUUUAUGACUGCCUCCCCUUGUAUCACUCUGCAGGUAACAUAGUUGGAAUUGGCCAGUGCCUGCUUCACGGACUGACGGUGGUGAUCCGGAAGAAGUUCUCCGCUUCUCGCUUCUGGGAAGACUGUGUCCAGUACAACUGUACGAUUGUCCAAUACAUUGGGGAGAUCUGUCGCUAUCUCUUGAACCAGCCGUUGCAUGAGGCAGAACGGAAGCACCGGGUACGGAUGGCCCUUGGCAACGGCCUGCGGGCCAGCAUUUGGAAGGAGUUCACCGAACGCUUUGGCAUCCCCCAGAUUGCUGAAUUUUACGGUGCCACAGAAUGCAAUUGCAGUGUUGGCAACUUUGACAACAAGUUUGGAGCUUGUGGCUUCAACAGCAGGAUCCUACCUGGCGUUUACCCCAUCAACCUUGUCAGAGUCAAUGAGGACACGAUGGAGCUGAUCCGGGGACCGGACGGGCUCUGCAUUCGGUGUAAACCAGGGGAACCAGGUCAACUGGUCGGCCGCAUCAAACAAAACCAUCCUUUGCAGCGCUUUGACGGCUACUUGAACAGCGAGGCCAAUGCAAAGAAGAUUGCCCACAAUGUCUUCACAAAGGGUGACUCUGCCUACCUCACAGGGGAUGUGCUGGUCAUGGAUGAAUUGGGCUACAUGUACUUCCGAGACCGAACGGGAGACACUUUCCGCUGGAAAGGAGAGAAUGUCUCCACAACGGAAGUCGAGGGUACACUCAGUCGCCUCCUCAAUAUGACUGACGUUGUCGUCUAUGGCGUAGACGUUCCAGGCACUGAAGGCAAGGCUGGAAUGGCAGCCAUCGUUGACCCAGACAAUUCCUGUGACUUGGAUCACUUUGCUGAGGAAAUGAAAAAAGCACUUCCUGCGUACGCACGGCCCAUUUUCCUACGGUUGCUUUCAGAAGUGAACAAAACAAGCACUUUCAAGUUCCAGAAAAUGGACCUGCGCAAAGAGGGAUACGACCCCAGCGUGGUGAAGGACAGGCUGUAUUUUCUGGAGCCGAGGCAGUGCCGGUACUUGCCUCUGGACAAGGAAGCCUUCAAGAGGAUCCAGUCUGGACAAGCCAAGUUGUAAUAGGAUGUCCGGCCAACUUGUGGCGACCAGUACCUGCUUUGCGGGGUGCAGACUGGGGUUUAUGAUAGGAAGAGAGAAAGCCGGAGGCGGUUGUGAUGUCGAUCAAAAAAAGGCACAGCAAACGAGGGGCUGCGUGCACCCACUUGUUUUCAUUUUAAUCCAGUUUUACCAAGGGCCUGCGGGGUUGUGUUUCUUUUGCAUACCAAAGCAUAGAAACGUGUUGGCUUUGUUUUCUAUUUCGUGGAAACGGGACUGGCCGCCUCCUCGCAAGGUUGACAGAGGAGAGACAUGCUAUGUUAUUUUGCCAAAAUUUAAAGGGUUGGGUUUUGAGGGGGGGUUGCCCUUGCUUUCCCUCCUCAUCCUUUUGAUUCCUAAAACAAGGAGACCGAUGGGUUUGCGAUGCUCUGUAACACCUCUAGGAGGGGUCAUGGUGCUUUCUUCCCUCGCUGAUCAAAUUCGCAUUAUCCGCCAAUGUGGGGUCUUGUUCCAGAAGGGAAAAAAAGUUGUGCCUCCUACUUUUUUUUGGGGGGGGGAAGUCUUGUCUCCUCCUUUUUGGCUGCUAAACCUCUAUCACUACUUUGCUGAGCAGGUGGGGAGGUCUGGUGGCAAUUGGCCGGGAGAGGGAUUCGCCGGGACUCAACUUUUUAUUCCAGGGAAACAAUUCUUUUUUUGUUUUGUUUUGUUUAACUUUUCAUAACUGGACAUUUCUUUGUGUUCGUGUGUGUUUACGUUUCAUUGUCAUAAUUUAUUGCAAGGUGUUGUUGUUUUUAAAGAGAAAAGAGAGCAAAAAGAAUUUGCUGCAAGCUUGUAAUUCCGUUUGUGGCACAAGCUUGGCUGUGUUUCUUCCUUGUGGACCGUUGUCUUCACUGGGAGCAACUCAUAUUCUUUCUUAUACAUAAUGCUUCAUGUCUUCGUCCCUCUUCUUUUACAGGGAGAGUGGAGAUGGGUAUAUUUUUAAAGGAGCCCAACAGAUAUUCCAUAUAUAUAUAUAUAUAUAUAUAUAUGAGAGAGAAGCGAAUCGCACUGAUGACCAGCUCUUCCUUUUGUAAGCUCAGCAAUUCCAUUCCUUGGAAAACUCAAUCUGUUUUUCUAAAGUGUUCCUAGUUGUGUCUCCUGGGUUUGUAGGAGGGGAAAACGGGGAUGACCUGUGCAUAUAUCCUAUUUUGGGGUUCUUUCGGGGGGUAAAUUUUGCUCUGAUAUAAUUUGUAAGAGCAAAGAUUUAAGGCUAUGUACAGUGCUUGGCUCUCUGCAACUUCCACUGCAACCCCCCCCCCCUGCAAUUUUGACCCUCAGUGUUGUGAAGGAGCCACAUUUUUUGGUCUUCUCUCUGUCGUUUUUGGCCCCGAAAAGGCCUGUUUUUUUGACAGAAACUGAGCUGGAAGUCAACUUCUGCCUUGACAACUUGAUACAGACGAUGGCAUAUGGUCUACCCAUAUGACUUGCUCUAAACUACAUGCACAGAGUGUGUAUGCGCACAGGUUCACAUUAGCACAUCCUCUUCUUAAUCGGAGCAGAUUUUGGUGUAUGGCACAUGUGGGCUGACAGUAUUAUAUAUGUGUGGGGACAGAGCCAAAGUUAGGAGUACGGUGGCAACGGCGUUCUUUGUCCUGAGUGCGAAAUGCUCAGACUGGUCUUGUGCUCAGCUUAAUAGCUUACUGUACAAAGCAUAGUCUCUGCUCAAGAUAAGGUAAGGCAGGUUGAAAGGCAUCUCUGGGUGUGAAGCACCAUGUUGGAACAGGGUACAGCACUGGAAGCACCAUUAAUGCUAUGAUCCUGUGUCUUCCUUUAGGCAAGGAAAUGAAUUGCAGGAGCUAUCUUAUGUCUUAAAAAAAGCAAGAGGAGAAAGAAGGGAUCCAGUGGGGUUUGUGCAUCUCUCCAAACUUUCAUCCUGCCUUCCCCACCUACCUGCCACAUGGCUAUCAUUAUAGCUGGACUAUGUAGUGUUUCUCUUGAGCCAUGGGUCUCCGAAUAGACAAAAUCUUGGGGUAAAAGCACUGCCCUUUAAAGAAUGUGUUAAAAAAACAAUGUACUUUUGACUGUUAUUGCAGGCUGCUUAAGAGUGGCUUCUGCAGACUCUCCAGAGACAUCGUCUCCUCACCCGCUUCUUGUGUCUCAUAUUUGAUGUUUGUUCUUUAUUUGAAUGACAUGCUGUGAGCAACUAUAUUUGAUGGUUAAUGUAUCACGUUUAAUACAUUACCAGUUCCCACCCUCCUGUGGCACAAUCCCUAGGUUUUGGCUAUGAAGUCUCAGGGCCUUGGGUGCCCUUAGCCUUCCCUCCAUGUCUCCCCAGCACAAAUUGGUCUAAGAUGACAUCUCAGUUUUUCCUCCUUUGGGAGACAUCUAUUAUAGGGAAAGAAAAAUUAAGACAAAGGUACCAAAGCUUAUGGCCAGUGGCUACUGAAUGUGUGGCUUGUGAGCUCUUACUUGCCCUCCAUGCCACGUUUCCAUGUCUUGACCUCCAUCCCCACGUCAUUUGGUAUCUCUGUCCUCCAUGGACCACAGCCAUCCUUGGUUGCUAUAUCCAGGACAAAAUCUCUGGACUUCCUUGGCAUGGCUCUUUUGGAGACUUUAAAGCACACCAAGGACCCCUCUUUCUCUCUCUGUCUCUGUGUCAGGUCCUAAAGCUUGGAUAAGGUUGUCCUAGGCAGACCCCCCUCCCCUUGUUAUCACCUUCACUGCCUUUGAGAAGGGAAUGCCACCCUUUUGAGUGUGAAAAACCACACUCUGUCAAACUCUGCAUUAGACAAUCCGCCAGCGAUGUGUGGUUUUUUGCCUCCUCCAUCCGAGAUUGUGUGUUGUUGUGCAUGUUUAACAGCAGGUGGCUUGCUAGGAAUGCAAAGAUGAAGCUAAUCCCCCUUCCUUGCCCCCCUAAUGCUGUGUCUUCACUACAACCUGAAUCCUGGAUGAUGCACCAUGAUGUGGAGCAUGUGUGCAUGAGCAUGCACAUUUUUCUCUCUAGUGCAAAUGACUCUGGUGCUGUCAGGUAGUUCUGCAGAUGCGAUGGUGGCUCGUCUGUGAGAGCAGUAUUGUGUGGCACUGAUACAAACAACUCACACCUGUAUAUCAGCAGUUUAUAAUUUUUAAAAUACAGGACAACAUGAGGAUAUUUGCUCUCCCACCACCACCUCAGCCAUCAGUUAACUGAGUUUUUCCCAGUUUCCCAUGAUGUUUGUGUGUCCCCAGAGCAGCUGACAGCUCGUGUUGGCUCUGGGGCAAGACGCACAAUCCAUCUCUGCUUCCUAAAUUUAGUAGCAGACAUUAUAGCCAUGCUCUGGUUUCUCGAGAAACUAAAGUUUACUUUGUAAAAUAUGGUUUCAUUUUUCAUUUCAAUAUGGCUCCCAAAUGUCUGGGCUCCCCCCAAAGCAUGUACCCCAGUGAUUUGUCCCCCUCAGCCCUGUAUGUUUCACAGUGACCUGUAGCAUCCUCUGUUUCAUUGACCUCUAGGAUUCUUGACCCAUAGCUUGGCACUUCUUUUGAAACGAGGCAGGGAGAUCGUGCAGCUCCCCAGAUGUUGUUGGAGUGGAAAUCCCAGCAGCCCCUGGACAGCAGAACCAAUGACCAGAGAUGCUGGGAGCAGCAGUUCUUGCAACAACUGAAGGGCGACAUGAUCCCUACCUCUUUGUCUUGGUUCAAAGACCCAGAAAGACAUUACAACAGUCCAAAACUGAACAAAGACUGUGCAAUAUUGCCUUCCAGAAAACUGACUUUGUAGGCUGCUCUCUCUCCCGCUGUUCUAGGAAGGAUUGCCAAAUCCAGUAUGGGGCAAGGUCCUUGCCAUGGCCCUCAUCCCACUGAACCAUGGUUAAGGAGGCUUAUACAGUGGACCCUUGCUAUCUGCUGGGGUUUGGUUCAGGUUCCCCCAUGGAUACCAAAAUCUGUGGAUACUCCAGUCCCAUUAGAUAUGAUGGUGUAGUAUAAUGGCAUGUCUUAUAUAAAAUGGCAAAAUCAAGGUAUUCUUUUUGGAACUGAUAUGCAUUUUAAUAUUUUCAAGCUGUAUAUGGUUGAAUCAGUGGAUAAAGAAUCUGUGGAUACAGAGGACCACCUGUAUAUUAAGCCUCCCUUAAUAUCUGGCCUCUUACUCUGAGUAGGUCUGAGCAGUGAGAGGCCGUUUUGCCCCUUGGCACUUUACAACGUCGGGUGUCUCAUUUGUGACACUUCCCUUCCCUUCCAGUGCCAGUUUACAUCUGUUGUUUUCCUUCUGUGUGUAUAUGAUGGGGUGGGGAGGGUGUUGGUCUUUUAUUUGUAAGCGAUGCUGUUUCAACAUCUACUCAGGGAACGCGGUGCUAUCAAGUGGUGUCUCCAUGUCUGUGUCCGUAUCUGGAGGAAGAAGAGAAGGUGUAUUUUCAGCUCUUGCCAAUGAAUCGUCGCCUUUUUCCAAACGCUGGGGCAGGGGAUGGGGAGCGUGAAUUGUCCGUUUGCCUCUCGACGCUUUCUCAUUAACAUCACACAACAUUUUCUGUUAUGUCCAGAUGUAAUAGCUUGUAAUUCCUGUGCUGGAGCUAGGGAUGAAAAUGGAAUCUUCGUGUCUAAUAAAAGAAGAUUUCGAUUUUUGCUUGCUGGUUUGAUUUUUAACCUCUCGAUGUUAAUGCUUUGAAAGUUGUGUCCUUCAUUUGGCUCUUAACACUGCAGUUACUAAUGGUGGCAUCUUGAAAGAUCUGACCUGAAAUGGAAGGGAGACCCAAGAAUAGCAACGCUCCUGUACCAUAUCUGUAUAUUUCUAAUAUUUCACAGAGGAAAAUAAGGACUCUUUGUCCAACGAUGGCCAAACACAAGUUGGGAAGGGGAAUAAAAUGGAGUAUCACAGAAGAAUGGGCUUUUUCUCUGGCUAGUUGUCUAUCCAGCUGGAACAAUAAACAUGACUUCUUUGCUGCUCA